CGAAUCGUGAAAAUGCUAAGUUUACGGGUAUUGUCUCGCAAGAUUGAAUCGGUGAAAAAUGCGUUCAACAAUAUUAAUAAUCGGUUCUCUGGCGCUAUUGGCCGUGUGCGCCUGCGCUCCAGGCCCCGAUGUGAUCCAGCACAUCCCGGCAAAACCAGACGAAACACCAUCAGCUACAGAAAAAAGUGGUGCAGCAUCUGGUGCUGUGGAAAAAGAUGCUUCUAAACCGGUGGAGCUGGCUAGAGAGAGAAGAAGCAUUGGGGGACAGGAGAGUGAUCUUCUGCCGUCUGCUAAUGAUGUGGAGGCAUCCCCAUUUAGUGGAGGUGCAGCGCUGGAAGGACGUGGCCGCAUCAGAAUUCACUAUGUAGAAACAGGUAUUUCACCAGUACAUGACUUUAGAAAUAAACUACCGACGGAUAAAUUGACAAUCUCAUCUAACAAAGGUCUCCAACGUUUGGCCAAUAGUAUUUUAAAAUCAACAUCGAAUGUGACUCAAAAUCCUGUAAUGGAAGAAAAAUUAUUCCAAUUAUCAAAGGAUCUUGUAUCAGCAAUUAUUAUGAAACUAGAGGUCCAAGACAAAAUAACACGAAUAACUCGUGAAGCGCUUGACGCUCCAGGAAAGCUUAAGGGAAUGAGUGCAAUAGAAACACGACGUAUCUUAGACUACAUCUCUAAAACUUUAUCCAGUAACAUACUCAAAAUUACGAAAAAUUCUGUCGAACCUCAACUGCAUCGUCUAGUGUAUGGAUUAGCGCAAGUAGCUGCGGAAGUUUCUAUUGUUUCUGCCUUAAAAGAUGUAACUUACGCUUUAGCUUUGUCUAAGAAACAAUCUUCUGAACUAUCGUUACGUAAAAAGAGAUCAGUCUUGUUAGAAAAAGUCCGUCCACCAUCUACCGACAAUCCUUUAAAACUUACAGAAAGUAUUCCAGUUAACAGUGUAGUAGCACUGUUAGUAAAUAAUGCUAGUCGAACGCUUGAUAAAACACCUGAUAGUGGGCCUCCAUCACCAUAUUCAGUACUUUCUAAUGAUAAAAAUAAGGUACUUCAUGUGAUACCAAAUGAUAAAGAGGUUGGGGUAACAGAUCUUAAACAAUUUCUUAAUAAAACUGCUAUAGACAUUGAGGAUCAAGCAGCUAGUAAUACGAGUAGUGCACUUUUAAUUGAUGCUAAAUUAAAUUCUACUCAGUAUGUCACAGCAGACUCUCAAACAAUGGAAAUCCAUGAAAAUGAUCCUCUUGCACAUUCGGACAGUAAAAAUAAUGAUUUUGUAAUUGACCCUGAUGUUGCCGCUGAAAUAGAAAUAGUACAACCAGAAAUAGAAGACGAAGAACUGAAUGAAAAGAGAAACAAGAAAAAAUUGGAAAGGCUGGAACUCAGAGCUAAAAAAGCAAUAUUGCAUGCUGGCGAUGUUGCAUUUUUAACUGCAUCGACUGUGGUAGCAAUGCGAAGAGCUCUAACAGCAUCCAUUGAAGUGAAAAUGUCGGUACAGUAUGCUAAAACUGGCAUGACGAAUCACCAGGAUCUGAUGAUGAAUCUUGCUAGAACGGCUGCUCAGCAAGCUGGAAGAGAAGCUAAAAUUGCUACAUCGAAGUCUUUGGCAUGUGACAAUUAUAUAAAGCUAGCAUUGAAGUACACAGCACAAUCUAAAGGGGCCCAACUCAACCAUGUAGCGACCAGAAUCAUUAUGGAGACCCUAUCUCUCGGCACGUUAGCUAAAUCUAUGGCAACCGUUUCUUCAGACAUUGCUAUUAAUUCUCUAUAUGCAGCUACAGAUAUUAAACCACCAUCGUAAACUACAUAUUAUAUU